AUGUUAAAAGGAAUCUUCGAAGCUCUUGCAGGCAACUUAGUUAUAAUUUGGGUUAUGUUUAUUUUAUGCCCAGUUUAUCUUGUUUUAGGAAAUUUAAUCGCAAAUUUCUAUAAAAAUAUCUGGUUAAUGGUAACUAGUAGAUAGUCAUGGGUUUAUAAAAAUUUAGGAGAUCUUUCAUGGCUCUUCCCCUUCACUUAAAGUAGCUAACAAAUUAGAUUAACUGAUACUCUCUUAAUUUCAGUUUUAUGUGGUAUUUUAUCUCUUCUGAUUGUAGUUGCUAUGGUUUAUAAUAAUAUGCAAGAAAAAAACCAAAAAAGACUUGAAAAAGAAAUCAAAGAAGAAAUGGAUAAAAAGAAAAAUUGA